AUGGGAAAUAGUGUGAAAAAGGACUACACCGUAGGUCAGAUUGUGAAUUUGAUGUCUGUGGAUUGUCAGAGAAUCCAGGAUUCUGUUGGAGUCUUUCACUUCAUCAUACCAUUGUUCACGUCCCUGGUUGUCUGUCUGUACCAGAUAUGGGACGCCGUAGAAGAAAGUCUUCUGCCAUGUUUAGUGAUUUUAGCUUUAUUCAUAGGAUUGAGUAUAGCAUUUGGUCGAUUUCAACAAGGGUACCUAUUUGGACUGCUGCAAAACAAAAGCUCAAGGAUGAAACUGUUUAACGAAGUUUUAGGAGGAAUAAAGGUACUGAAGAUGUAUGCCUGGGAGACCAUAUUUGGUAAUAAGCUGAUGGACAUCAGAGAUACAGAAAUCGGAUUCCUUAAGAAGAAUGCCUUAAUUACAUCCUUUUCGGUGACUCUCUCCAUGCAGAAUCCUUUUCUGCUGUCCUCAGUUGUGUUCCUCAGUUACGUUAUUGCCAAACCGUCCAUGUAUUUAGACGCGGCGACGGCAUUUCAAGUGAUAUCUGUGUUGAACUUCCUACGGAAUAAUAUGGCCUUCGUACCUACCGUCAUAACGGCAAUUAUACAGAGUCGAGUUUCUGUAAGAAGAAUACAGAGAUUUUUGUGGACCGAGGAUAUCAACACAGACCAUGUUCAUCAUGUUAUUGAAGCAGAUCAUGUCAUUUCUGUCAAUAAUGCAUCCUUCACAUGGGACCCCGAGUCCCCUAUGUCAACGCUUCGCAAUAUCGACAUGAAGGGGAAUGAAGGGGAAUUGGUAGCUGUGGUGGGUCUGGUAGGAUCUGGCAAAUCAUCGCUCCUCUCUGCUCUACUAGGCGAGAUGUCUAGAACACAAGGUGAUGUAUCACUAAAGGGUACUACGGCGUACGUACCCCAAGAGGCCUGGAUUCAGAACAUGACUCUGAAGGACAAUAUCCUGUAUGGUAGUCAAUACCAGAAUAGGCGCUAUAGGAAAGUCAUCAAGGCGUGUCAGCUACUACCCGACCUGGCAAUACUGUCGGCCGGGGACCAGACGGAAAUAGGCCAGAGGGGCAUAAACUUGAGCGGUGGUCAGAAGCAGAGGGUCAGUUUAGCCAGAGCUGUUUAUAGUAACUCCGAUAUUUAUUUACUUGACGAUCCACUCAGCGCAGUCGACAGUCACGUGGGCAAGGCUAUUUUUGACAAGGUGGUCAGUAACGACGGGCUGCUGAAAGGAAAGACAAGGAUUCUGGUAACGCACGGGAUUCACUGGCUACCAAAGGUGGACAAAAUCAUUGUAAUGGACAACGGUCGGAUUUCAGAAGUCGGGAGUUACGAACAACUGCUGGGGAACAAUGGCGCCUUUGCUCUGUUUUUGAAUACCUUCUUACUAAAAGGAGAUUCAGACGACGUCGAGUCUGACGAAGAAGUUCGGCUGCUCAAAGAACAUAUCCGUGAGCGGAUAGAUACUUCAACAUCAGAUGGGGCCAUGUCAGAUGACAACAUAGACGGGUUACGGAAAAGUCACAAAAAGCGGACUAUUAGUGCCUCGUCCUCGGCUUCUGCAGAGUCUCUUAUGUCUCUUUCGCAAUCAUUCCGAUGUGACGAGGAACAACGACUUACAUCCAGGCGUCUCAUUACAGAAGAAACAACAAAGGAUGGGAUGGUGAGCUGGAGAGUGUACUUUGCCUUUAUGAAGGCUAUGGGAGUAGGCGUUACCUCCAUGGCAUUCUCGAUGUUAGCGAUAUCACAUGCUCUAGGAGCUUUACUUAAUUUCUGGAUAACUUUCUGGACAAAAGACGUUGAAGUUGACCAGGGAUUAAAUGUGACUAAUCAUACAAACUUGACUCCAUUCAUAAAUAAUGAUCCUGAUUACACGGACAGAAAUGUUUACUACCUUACCACAUAUUUUAUCAUCGGUCUUUGUCAAGUACUAACCAUGUUCCUGUUCAUGAUUCUAUUCCUAUUUGGAAUGGUGAGGGCAAGUAAGGUCUUUCAUUCCUCAAUGCUCCAAUGCAUUCUGCGGUCACCAAUGUCGUUCUUUGACACCACACCACUUGGUAGAAUACUAAACCGCUUCUGCAGUGACCUUGACACUAUUGAUGAUCGACUUCCGACGACAUACAGGCUUCUCUAUUAUUCCUAUAGCUUGCUCGUUAGUUUCAUCGUUAUUGGAAUACAGACACCAGAGUUCAUCAUAGCCACAAUCCCGUCCAUUAUCAUCUUCAGUGUCCUUCUUAAAUUUUACAUACCGACCGCACGGCAGCUGAAGAGGAUAGAAUCAGUAACUCGAUCUCCCGUAUAUAACCACUUUAGUGAGACGAUCACGGGAGCCAGUGUGAUCAGGGCGUACGGGUCUGUCGAUAGGUUUAUACUGGAAUCAGAGCGACGGAUCGACACCAACCUAGCUUUUCUUCACGCGGCCAACGGAGCUUCAAGAUGGAUUGGAGUUUCUUCUGAAUCCAUCGGUAAUCUCCUGACACUCGUUGCGGGAUUGUUUGCGGUGUUAUCAACGACAGUUUCGGGGAGCGAAGCUGGUCUCUCACUGACCUACGCAUCACAGAUAGUAUUUUCCAUUAACGCCUGUGUGUAUAGUAUUAGUGACAUGGAGAUGAAUAUCAUAUCUGCCGAGAGAGUGGAAGAGUACACAAAACUCGUGGCCGAGGCGGAGUGGAAGGACCCUGACCAUCAUCCAUACGACAGCUGGCCUGAAGACGGUAAAGUCCGAUUUGAGGACUACAAGACCAGGUACCGCCCUGGCCUGGAGCUGGUUCUCAACGGUGUUAACUGUGAAAUAUACAGCGGCGAGAAGGUUGGUAUCGUAGGACGAACAGGGGCCGGAAAGUCCUCCCUCGUCCUGGCUCUCUUCCGUCUUACAGAAGCUGCCUCCGGAAGUAUCACCAUAGAUCAAAGGAGAAUUGCAGAUCUGGGGCUUCACGACCUUAGGCCUCGUAUUACAAUAUUACCCCAGGAUCCUGUGAUAUUUUCCGACACCAUCAGAUCAAAUUUGGAUCCCUCUAAUCGGUUUUCGGACGAGGCUAUUUGGAGAGCGUUGGAGAGUGCCCAUCUCAAACAAUUCAUAUCUGAACAGAGAGAUACAAUCUAUCACCAGUGUGGGGAGGACGGUUUAAACCUAAGUGUUGGGCAGCGACAAUUAGUUUGUCUGGGCCGAGCUUUGCUUCACAAGAACAAAAUCCUGAUUCUGGAUGAGGCGACUGCUGCCGUUGACAUGGAGACGGAUGAGUUGAUACAGCAGACAAUUAAGUCGGAGUUCGAAGACUGUACUGUCCUAACUAUCGCCCAUAGGCUUAACACCAUCAUGGAUUAUGACAGAGUGAUGGUGCUGGACAAGGGCCUGGUAGUGGAGUUUGAUCGUCCCGAGAACUUGUUGGCGGACAAGGGGACAGUGUUCUACGGUAUGGCGAAGGAUGCCGAUCUAGUCGACUGGUUUGAUACGGAAAACAAGCAAAAAUAGACGGGUUACUAAAAAUAGAAUUGCAACAACCGAUCGGAGUCAAGCAAAGAUUGACGGGUUACUAAAAAUAGAAACACCAUCACCGAACAAGUCUAGGAAGACUGAUGGUUUACUAAAAAUAGAAAUACCACGACCGAUCGGAGUCCAGCAAAGAUAGACGGGUUACUAAAAAUACAAUUACCGUGACCAAACGAAGUCAAGCAAAGAUAGACGGGUCACUGAAAUAGAAACGCCAUCACCGAACGAGUCUAGGAAGAUGGACGGUUUACUAAAAAUAGAAAUACCACGACCAAUCGGAGUCAAGCAAAGAUAUAUUGGUUACUAAACAUUAAAAUACCACGACCAAAUUGAGGAAAACCGAGAUAGGCGGGUCACUAAGAAUAGAAUUACCACGACCAAACGAAGUCAAGCCAGACGGAACACUAAAAGAAAAAAGAAAAAAAACAAAAAAAAAACAAACACGUCCGAACAGAAAAUCAGACAAACUAGUUGGACCUUUAGAUAGGGCAUACUAUGAUUAUCAAAGCCUCAUGUUGUGUGCUCUUUGUCUUAACUGGACUCCUUCGAUACUAUAUACUUGGAUUGUAGAGCGUCUGAGUUUGUAUCAUAACAUGUACAAUUUUGUUAUAGAUAUAAUAAUGUUAAUAAAAAAAUCUUAUUAGCAUUUAAUGUUUUCUUGACAAACAUCUCUUUUGAAAUGCAACAUAUGCCAAAGAUGUAUAAAUUAGCAUGGUUAAAACAUUCCCUUGUGAUUACAUCACUACAUUGUCAACUAGGCAAUAUCAUUUAUCGAUACUUGCUUGAAAAUAUCUUUGAAUUUGUUUUGAGUAAAACGUGCCUUCAUCUUAGAAAUCAAAUUCCUUGUUUCCCUUUUCAAUUCAUCCUGGUAAGAUAUAGAUACUGGUUAUCUUGUUUUCAGAUUUUAUCGAUUAGUUAAGUGAUGUCGCGCGUACGACCCAUUGGUCAAUCCCAUCUCAUUUAAAUAUUCCGUUUCAAUAUCUGUACUAUAUAACAGAGAAUAGAGGAUACAAUUAAAGACCUUUCAGUGAAAGCAAGCAUGAUGACUUGAAAAAGGGGGAGUUACUAAUUAUAUGUUCUAUUAUUAACGUUGAAAGGUAUUAUUUUUUCUUAUAUUUAGAGUUUCUCUCAUUAAUGUUUAAUGGUUUCAACUUUUAGUGCGCGGUUUUAGCAUUCAGUCCAACCUUCUAUUGGUUGGUCCCAUUGGAGAUAUGCCAAUAGAUAUGCUAAUGACA